ACACAGAGAGAGAAAGAGAGAGGGAGAGAAUGAAGGCUGGCUGCGACUUCCCGCCGGGAGCGCCUUCGCGGGGCGGUUCGGGCUCUGCCCGGAGGAGACCCUCCGUUUGGGGGCUCCUGUGCCUGGGGCUGUGCUGGUGCCAGAUCUCCGGGAUGGUCACUCCGGAUCAGCAGGUGAAGCCUCGUAUCGUCAUGGAGCAAUUGCUCUGGGUCAGUGGCGGCGCAAUCGGGGAGGUAAAUACGUUCAGGGUCCCUCUCAUCACAGCGACACCUUCUGGCACCCUCUUGGCCUUUUCAGAAGCCAGGAAGACAUCUGAUUCUGACAGCGGAGCUAAAUUCAUAGCCCUUCGCAGAUCAGUAGACAAAGGUGCUAACUGGAGCCCAACUUCAUUCAUAGUUGAUGAUGGUUCCCUCACAGACGGUCUCAACCUUGGAGCUGUGGUGAUAGAUUGGGAAGAGAAGAAGGUGUUCUUGAUAUAUACUCUCUGUGCACACUACCGGGGAUGUUCCACUGCCAGCGUCAUGAUCAUUCGCAGCUCGGAUGACGGGGUGACAUGGAGCCGUCCCCGGAACCUCUCUAUGGAAGUUGGCACAACCAUGUUUGCCCCUGGACCGGGCUACGGCAUCCAG